UUGGAUGCGACCCGCCAACCCAAUCCCAAAGAAGAAGAAGACCUGUCGUGUGAGAUAUUUACUUGGUUCACUACAGUCAAGAUGAGUACGUUUAACAGCGUUUUGCUGAAGAUUUCAGGUGAACUUGUUGGUGAUCAAUUGGAGAAAAUGAAGUUCCUGUGUAUUAAAGAAAUAGGAAAAAAUCGUCUCGAGAAGAUGACCAGUGGCUUACAACUUUUCACGGUCCUAAUGGAAAGAAAUAAACUUGGACCUGACAACACAGUAUUUCUAGUUUCGCUUUUGACAGACAUUGGUCGCCUAGAUCUUGCGGACAAACUUACCAACUGUGAAAGUCAAUAUGCUGGAUCACCGAAUUCUCUUCCUAACGACGAGGAGCAAGCAAAACUUGACGUUGCAACAGAAGUGAUCACUAACCGCAUUGGAAGGAAGUGGCAAACAUAUGGUCGUAAACUUGGUCUGCCAGAGGCCAAACUGGACCAUAUCGCGCAGAAGCACCCGAAUAACCUGGAAGAGCAAGUGGUGGAGCUUUUGAAGGAAUGGCGGAAAAUGCAGAAAGCUGAGGCCAAAACAGACACUUUGAUACAGGCCCUUCGCUCCUGUGAUCAGAACUACACUGCUGAUCGGAUACAGACAGAACUUGAAAAACUUAAUGCCAAUGGUGGACAGUGAAAGUGUGACAAACAAUCUUCAUCUUUUCUUAGGCCUCUUAUGUUGUUUACUCAAUGCAUUAUUUAUUCAUUGCUUUCACAAUUAGUUUGGUGCAUUUUAUGGAGAGUUUCCCAGUGCACUCUGGGUACAUACAUUCCUACUACAUAUUGUAAGGGAAUUUGGGAGAAACUUGAUUGAACUAUGGAUAUAAAAUUGUAUAGAUAAUGUGCAUUUAAAUGUGAUAUUGAUGUAUCCACUGUUGAGAUUAGUAAAAAAAAAAGUAUGUUUCCCUCAAGCUGGUAAAAAUACUUUUCUAAUUAUUUAAUGUUGAAGUAAACUCAAAAAUGGAUUUGUUUAUGAUUGUUGUCAUGCCAUUCCAAAUUCAACAAAACCCACAAAUGUUUCUGUUUGGGGUUACUGUGAACAUGUUCCAUAGUUGCUGUAAUACUUGUUCAAAGCAUUAUAAUACUUAUGUUGAGUAAAGCGUGUUGUAUGGGCACAUAUUUGGACUGUAUUGAAAUGGAAAUAUAGAUACAGAUGAAGCUUUUGAUUUCAAUUGA